CUGCCCGUAUAUAAAAGCUUUGGGUCCGGGCUGGACAUUCAGUCUUGUGGCAACAGCAGAUCUGAGGUGUUGUGUGAGGUGCUCCCCUAGCUAAAAGAAUCGACAUGGCAUUCAAGGUUGUUAUGGUCCUGGCCGCGGCCGCGGUGGCGUCCGCCAUCCCCGUCCCCGGCAUUGUCGACUACGGCCACGCCGGCCUCGGUGGCCUGUCCUACGCCGCAGCCCCCGUCGCCUACGCCGCCCCCAUUGCCCACGCCCCCGUCCACCACGUCGUCGCCGAGCCUGUGGCACAUCCGGCCUACGCCUUCAAGUACGGCGUCCACGAUGCCCACACCGGUGACGUGAAGAGCCAGUCCGAGCACCGCGACGGCGACGUCGUCAAGGGCGAGUACUCCCUCGUGCAGCCCGACGGCACCACCCGCACCGUGCACUACACCGCCGACGACCACAACGGUUUCAACGCCGUCGUCACCAACUCCGGCCACGCCGUGCACCCCCAGAUCGUGCACGCCGCCCCCGUGGUGCACGCCGCCCCCGUCGUCCACGCCGCCCCCGCCGUCGUCUCCUACGGAGUCGGUCAUGGUCUCGGUCAUGGUCUUAGUCAUUACUAAUAAGCUAGAAUUAUUAACUCAAUCAACCAAGACCAACCUCUUGACCUCAAUGUACCUGGACUCGCAUACGUCACCUCAUCUGUAAUAAACACUGACCUGCCAUACGAACCAAAAGCCA